CUUCCGACUCCUCGGCUGCACCUGACCCAGGCGGAGCAGCUCUGGGCCGAUUCUUCCCGGGACAGGUUGGACGCCAAGCACCGCGAGACCCCUGCAGAGCCCCUUCGUCCCGCUUGGGAGAAGGCCUGCUUGCUGAAUGGCGGCCGUGGAUGACUUGCAGUUUGAAGAAUUCAGCGAUUCCGCCGCUUCUCUAGCAGCCCACCCUGCUGGUGCCCCAAGUGUUAAAGAGCCUGCUGAGACCCCAGACGACCAUGCAGGACCCCCAGGAGGCCUGGGGAGAGAGGAGGACGACGAGUUACUGGGAAAUGAUGACUCUGACAAAACUGAGUUACUUGCCGGACAGAAGAAGAGCUCCCCCUUCUGGACGUUUGAAUACUACCAAACCUUCUUCGAUGUGGACACGUACCAGGUCUUCGACAGAAUUAAAGGGUCUCUGUUACCGAUUCCUGGAAAAAACUUUGUGAGGUUGUACAUCCGCAGCAACCCUGAUCUCUAUGGCCCCUUUUGGAUUUGUGCCACACUGGUCUUCGCCAUAGCAAUUAGUGGAAAUCUUUCCAACUUCCUAAUACAUCUGGGAGAGAAGACAUACCACUAUGUGCCAGAGUUCCGCAAAGUGUCCAUAGCGGCCACAGUCAUCUAUGCCUAUGCCUGGCUGGUCCCCCUGGCACUCUGGGGCUUCCUGCUGUGGAGAAACAGCAAGGUUGUGAACAUCGUUUCCUACUCGUUCCUGGAGAUCGUGUGUGUCUAUGGGUACUCGCUGUUCAUCUACAUCCCCACAGCGAUCCUGUGGAUCAUCCCUCAGAGAGCUGUGCGCUGGAUUCUGGUCCUGAUCGCCCUGGGCAUCUCGGGGUCUGUGCUGGCGAUGACGUUUUGGCCAGCUGUUCGCGAGGAUAACCGGCGCAUCGCCUUGGCCACCAUCGUGACGAUUGUGUUGCUGCAUAUGCUUCUCUCAGUGGGCUGCCUGGCCUACUUUUUUGAUGCACCUGAGAUGGACCAUCUCCCAACAGCUACAGUUACUCCAAACCAGACGGUGGCAGCAGCCAAGUCCAGCUAACGGGAAAUUGUGUUGUCUGUGGAGCAUGGCGUUUGGGGCCCUGGUGUCCUCUGUAGUGAAGCAGAAUGAGCUCAGCCAGCAGGGCCCUGGAUGUCACGGCGCCUGCCUCCUCAUCUAGAGCCUGCACACCUGCUUCAUGGACAUGCGUGGAGGGCAGCAUCCAGCAUAUGUGUCGUUGAGACUUUCAUUUGCCCCGUUUGUGACCCUCGUUGAUGAUGCCUUGACUUGGGAUGAAAUGUAGGGAUAGGGACAGGGGUUGGGAAUGCUGGGGUGUGUCCAUCUGCCUCCCACCUGCCUCGGAUGACCUACACCCCGGGAGGUCUGUCCUGCACACCGGAAACACCCAACCCACCUUCCAGGGACCUUUCUUGGAAUCAGGUGGAUGGCCUUGCUGGGAGUGUGAACUCUGGGGUUAUUGGGGAACUUGAAAAUUUAUCUUUGGUGACUUAAUGCUAGGCAGCUGAACCUAAUGAUUGCAAAAAUAAAUACCUCAUAGAC